AUAACAUUUUAACUUGAAUUUUAAAAUUUUUAAUUAAAUUAAUGUGUUUUUAGCACAGAUUUGUGAGUUUUAGUUAAUCAUUGAACAAUCUUAAUUUUGAUGUUAAAAUAAUCUUGUUAUUGAAAAGGAUAUUAUUUGUUAACUAUUUUCAAUUAAAUAAAAUGGACGCAAAUGAAACUGACGGAGGUAAUGGAAAUGUAGAAACCAAAAAGAUAGAAGAAUCUACUGAAAGUGUAGAUGAAAAUGGAGUAAAAUAUAUUAUAUAUGAAGAAAAUCAUGUGGAAAUAAAUGAAAAUGCUGAAGAGUUAGAUUUAAAUCAUCAAAGAAUUGAUAAAAUCGAAAAUUUUGAAAACAUGGUAAAUCUUCGCUCUUUAUGUCUUCGUUGGAACCAUAUAAAGAAAAUUGAAAACAUUCAAAUGCUAGUUUCUCUUAAUGAACUUGAUUUGUAUGAUAACCAAAUAACCAAAAUUGAAAAUCUAUCCAGUCUUGUAAACUUGAAAGUGCUUGAUUUGUCAUUCAAUCGUAUAAAAGAAAUUGAAGGUCUUGAACAGUUGAUCAAUUUGGAAAAAUUGUAUUUAUCCAGUAAUCGAAUAACUCAAAUAAAAAAUGUUAAUCAUUUAUUGAAUCUACAAAUGUUGGAAUUAGGAGAUAAUAAAAUUAAGACAAUUGAAAAUAUUGAAUGUCUUACUGGUCUUAAAGAAUUAUACUUCGGAAAAAAUAAAAUUGAUAAAAUACAAAAUUUAGAUACAUUGGUCAACUUAAAAAUAUUAAGCUUACAAAAUAACAAUUUAACAAAAAUUGAAAAUCUUAACAAGUUGAUAAAACUGGAUGAAUUGUAUUUAUCUGAAAAUGGAAUCACUGUAAUUGAAAAUCUUAAAGAUAAUAUUAAUCUUGGAACUCUAGAUUUAUCUAUGAACAAAAUUUCUAAAAUUGAAAAUAUAAUACAUUUACAAAACUUAACAGAAUUUUGGAUUAAUGACAACCAAAUAAAUGAUUGGAAUAGUAUUCAAAUUUUGGAAGAUUUGAAGAAAUUAGAAACUAUAUACCUGGAACAUAAUCCAUUAAGCAAAGACAGUGCAUAUCGAAGAAAAAUUAAAUUAAUUAUACCGUGGAUUACUCAAAUUGAUGCUACAUUAGCUCGAUAAAUUAUUUAAAUUAACUAAAAAGCUUAUUUAAAUUAGAAUUUUCAUCAAUUGGAUUAAUAAUUUGACCCAUUUGAGUAACAACUGGGGGAGCAGUAAGUUUUUGGAAAACUGUCUCGGGCACCCAUGUU